AUGGGGAGACCUCCUUGCUGUGAUAAAUUGGGAGUAAAGAAAGGGCCAUGGACUCCUGAAGAAGACUUAAUGUUGGUUUCUUAUGUUCAAGAACACGGCCCCGGAAAUUGGAGGACCGUUCCCACAAUUACCGGAUUGAGAAGAUGCAGUAAAAGUUGCAGGCUAAGGUGGGCUAAUUAUCUCCGGCCGGGGAUCAAGAGAGGUAACUUCACUGAUCAUGAAGAGAGAAUGAUCAUUCAGCUUCAAGCUCUUUUAGGCAACAAAUGGGCUGCCAUUGCAUCUUACCUUCCCGAGAGAACAGAUAAUGACAUUAAAAACAAUUGGAAUAUCCAUUUGAAGAAGAAGCUUAGAUUAUUGGAAUAUCCAUUUGAAGAAGAAGCUUAG